AGCACAGGUGUGAUCAUGAUCCAGGAAUACCGGUAUGUGAAAGUUCCUUGGUGCUUGAUGAAAAACCAACCUUGAUGCAAGCAUCCUUGUCCACAGAAUGUAGGAAAGUCAGGCCAAGUUGCCCUGAAACAUUGACUCAGGAAGAACCAAGGACUGAGGACAAGUGUACAGAAUGUAGGAAUGUCAGGCCAAGUUGCCCUGAAACAUUGACUCAGGAAGAACCAAGGACUGAGGACAAGUGUACAGAAGGUUCAGGAAACGAGCCACCAAGGUUGGACGGAGUCAGGGAAAGAUGCAGACAACUGCUGGUACAGGCCUUGGAGACAGGAACACAUAAUGUGCAGCUGGUGACAGAUCUGGUGACAAGCAUUGAGGAUCAUAUCUUCUGUGAGUUCAAGAACACAGGCACAAAGUACAAGAACAGGGUACGGAGCCGUGCUGCUAACCUGAAGGACCCGCGGAACCCUGAGCUGAGGAGGAGACUGAUACAGGGAGAGAUCACACCUCAGCAGAUGGCCACCAUGUCAGCACAGGAGAUGGCCUCAGAUGAAGUGAAGAAGUUUCGCAGACAGGUGUCAGAGGAGUCCAUCCAGAGACGACAGGUUCCCCACGCUGAUGGGACCAUGACAGACAUGUUCAAGUGUGAGAACUGUGGGCGGGAGAACUGCUGCUACAACCAGUAUCGAGGCUUCUCGGCAGAUGGCCCCAUUGCAUCACCAUUUGUCUUCUGUAUGGACUGUGGCAACAGAUGGAAGUUUUUCUGAAGCUAUGGGACUGAUGAUGAUGAUUUUCUGAAGCAGGAAAUGCUAUCAGUGUGUGGAAUUUUCCCUCGGACUGACAUAUUGGCAUGCAGCUGUUGAGUGAUCAGCAGUCACUUUUGGAUCAGAAGUUUAGAGCUUGAGAGUUCUGAAGCCAUAUUGGCAAGUGAUGCAGAGGGAUUACCCAAAGGAGGGUCAGCAUGCCUUUUGAAAUAAGGCAUACCAAUCUAUUUAUGUCAUGAUUUGUUGUAGCUGACCCACCCUUAUUCAGUGCUGUGGUCAAUCAUUUGUGAAGCAUAAUUACUUUAAUUCUGUUAUCCUGAAGCAUAAUUGCUUUAAUUCUGUUCAAUCAAUUCAUCAAUGAGUGUUAGAGACAAAUUAUUUCUGUCAGAAAGUUUGAAUGUCAGAUUGUCACGUAGCAAGUCUGGCUGUGUUGAUGUUCAAAGCCAGACACCCUAUGAAUACAAUGGAACAAUCCAAUGAACUUGUUCCCAAAACCUUUUGGAAGAACAAGUUAUUUUACCAUUAAGCAUUGCUGGUCCUCCUGAAUUUACUGUAAGCAUUUCCAGGAUCCCUCCUAAAUGACAGUCUCAUGUUUAUAAGGAGUAAGUAUCAACUCCGUAAUGUUAAUUAGAAACAUGUACAUAGUAUGCAGAAGAAGCAGGAAAACUUUUUAAAUCUUUAAUUUUAAAUUUCAUUUCUUCAAUAUAGACACUGUAAACAGCAAUAUUUUAAUUGGGAAAUAAAUUUAACUUUUUUGCACAUAACAAAUAAUUCACUUGCAGUACUAGUGGUAUUCACUCAGAACUAUAACAUGACAGAAUUAACAGUUUAUAAACACAAUCAAAUUUUUACAUCAAAUCUGUUUGGGAUCUUCUUCCACACAGUGGACAAUAGUACACACUGAAAGUCAACCAAAUAACUACUAUGACUACAAUUACAACUGCAAAUUAAAGCAGUAUUUGUCCUAAGUUGAUUCCAAAUAGAAGUCUUUUAAAAUAACAUCAAUCAUUAUUCUCUUUUCAUUGAAAAUCUAAGACAGUAUUUUGCUAACAUCUUGAAAGUUAAUUUGACCUACCAGCAACGAAUACAUGUACAUAAUAUUGGCACAGAAAUACAGAUCUCUUGUUAUUUGUCAUCUUUUGUCAUUGUUACAAAUCAAUAGUCAGAGACUUUUGGAACUCUGUUUUUAACAUCAUCUUUUCAUCAAUUAAUGUAUACCUGAGAUUGACUGAGUGUUAGGAACAGAAUACCAACUGAAGAUAAUGCUACAUGUA